CUGCAGUGCACGCGUGCCCCGGAGCGCAGCUGCGCGCACCCAGCCCGUGUGUAUGUGUGAAGUGUGAGGAGACGAGGAGGGAGAGAAGGAGAGGAGCACUGACAGCAGCGGAGCAGACAAGUGCACGAGGCUCGCCUGGCUCUCAACGGGACUCCGCGGAAAUAAACACAGCAGACCUUCCCGCUGCAGCGCAGGAGGCUGAAGACGCACCGCAGACUGCGUGUUCAGCGCCGCCGGUGUUCGGGAGACAAAGACUGAAGAAGAGUCGCAGGAGAAGGAGAUCCAGACGACCACGGAGGAGCAGAAAGUAGCUUCAGGUUUCUCUGCUGGGACUGUUUCAACCUCACGCCGCGUGACCAAGCAGAGGGACGGGGCACCGAAGUUUUCGCCGGAAGAAUUUUGUGUCAAAGAUGUUGGAGAGGAGGAGGAUGGACCCAGCACUGCUGCUGCUGAUAAUGGGACACCUCGCCGCCUCGCUGGAGGUCCCACUAGAUCUUCUGAGGGAAUUGCCACAGCCGCCCACCAUAACUCACCAAUCCCCCAAGGAUUACAUCAUCGACCCACGGGAGAACAUCGUAAUCCACUGUGAAGCCAAGGGAAAACCUCAUCCCAGCUUCUCUUGGACAAAGGAUGGGACCCACUUUGACAUCGACGAGGACCCCAACGUGACCAUGAAGCCCAACUCGGGGACCCUGGUGGUGGACAUCAGCAGGGAGAAGGCCGACCAUUAUGAAGCGGUGUACCAGUGCACGGCCAGGAACAAACACGGAACUGCUGUUUCCCACAACAUGGUCAUACGACAGUCCAGAUCCCCCUUGUGGUCAAAGGAGCAAAUCAAGCCUAUCGUCAUUCAGGAGGGAGCUUCUCUGGUGCUGCCAUGUCGACCGCCUGCUGGUCUCCCCCCUCCCAUAAUAUUCUGGAUGGACAAUAACUUCCAGAGGCUUCCUCAGAGCGGCAGAGUGUCCCAGUCCCUGAAUGGAGACCUUUACUUCUCUAACGUUCUCCGAGAAGAUUCCAGGAACGACUACACUUGCUACGCUCGCUUCCCACACACGCAGACCAUCCAGCAGAAGCAGCCCAUCAACGUCAGGGUCAUCAACCUGGAUGCAAUCAAUGACACAAUCCCAGCUUUUUACAAUGACACUGAUUUAUUUAGUGAAGACCCAAUAGAAGAGAGGCGGCCGACAUUCCUCAUCCCAUCUGGCUCCUCAAGCUCCAAGAUGGUGUUGAGAGGACAGGUGCUGGAGAUGGAGUGUAUCGCAGAAGGGCUACCCACGCCGGAGGUUUCCUGGUUCAAAGUGAGCAGCGAACUCCCGGCCAGACGCACGUCCUUCCUGCACUACCAGAAGACGUUGCGCAUUGUGAACGUCUCCGAAUCCGACGCUGGAGAUUACCGCUGCACUGCCAAGAAUCAGCUGGGCUCCACACACCACACCAUCCACGUCACGGUCCGAGCGGCUCCAUACUGGAUCGCUGGUGCUCCCAGAAACCUGGUCAUGGCUCCAGGAGAGAAUGGUGUUCUGACCUGCAGGGCCAGUGGCACGCCCAAGCCCUCCAUCACCUGGGCUAUGAACGGCAUCAGCAUAGAGAAUGCUCCUAAGGAUCCCAGCAGAUUGGUGGAAGACGACACCAUCAUCUUCACCGACGUCCAUUCCGGAUCUAGCGCUGUCUAUCAGUGCAACGUCUCCAACGAACACGGUUACCUCCUGUCCAACGCUUUCGUCAACGUCCUGUCCGAGCCGCCCAGAGUGCUGACGCCGGCCAACAAAGUCUACCAGGUCAUCAGAAAUCACAGGGCCAUGAUUGACUGCUCUUUCUUUGGCUCACCCAUCCCGAAAAUUACAUGGUUUAAAGACAGCCGCUUCAGCAUUCUGGAGGGAGAACCGUACAUUCAACACGACAAUGGAACUCUGGAGAUUCCCACGGCUCAGAGCAGAAACAGUGUCAAAUACACCUGCGUGGCCCGAAAUAACCUCGGUAUCUCUGAGAAUCAUGUUUACCUGGAGGUCAAAGAGCCCACUCGCAUCCUAAACCAGCCGGAGUACAAAGUGGUCCAGAGGGGCGGCUCUGUGGUGUUUGACUGUAAGGUGAAGCACGACCCCACACUCGUCCCCACCACCACUUGGCUCAGAGAUGACGGAGAGCUGCCUGACGACGAGAGGUUUAUUGUUGACACUGACGGCCUCACCAUCACUGAUGUGACUGACAGUGACGCUGGCGUCUACACCUGCAUCACCAACACCACUCUGGACCAUGACUCGGCCAGUGCUGAGCUCACUGUUGUUGAGGCCACGCCCACACCUGCUGUUCUCCACGAGCGACCCGACCCCCCAACCGACAUAGAGCUGACCGACCAGAAAAAGAGGAGUGUCCAGAUCACGUGGAUCCCUGGGGACGAACAUAACAGUCCCAUUCAGAAAUUCCUGAUCCAGUAUGAAGACUCGCUGCACCACCGAGGUCACUGGCAUAAUCUCACCGAGGUCCCCGGCACCAAGACCACAGCUCACCUGAAGCUGUCGCCCUACGUCCACUACACCUUCAGAGUUUUAGCCCUCAAUGCUGUGGGCUUCAGUCGCCCCAGCUUCCCCUCCAGGGUGUUCAAGACCGAUCCUGCAGCUCCGGACCAGAACCCGACAGGCGUGGAGGGAUUUGGAACAGAACAUGACAAUCUUGUGAUCUCCUGGAAGCCGCUGUCCGGCCUCCAGUCCAACGGCCCGGGGCUUCGUUACCGUGUCUCGUGGAGGCAGAAGUCGGGGGACAGCGAGUGGAGCUCAGAGACUGUAGCCAACAACUCCAGGUUCGUUGUGUCUGGGACGCCCACGUUUGUUCCAUAUGAGAUAAAGGUUCAGGCGAUGAACGAUCAUGGAGUUGGACCUGAGCCUACAGCCGUCCACGGCUUCUCAGGAGAAGACUUGCCAGUAGCGUAUCCAGACAACGUCCAGGCCGUGAUGCUGAACAGCACAAUGGCAGAGGUGCACUGGCAACCCGUGCCUCACAAAUUAAUACGAGGACAACUGAAGGGAUACAAGGUGUACUACUGGAAGGCACACAGCCUCCACAAACACAACCCUCACCACGAUGAGAAGCGGAUUCUCACCUUCACUGGGAACCACACCCACGGCAGGCUGCCUGACCUUCACCCCUUCAGCCUCUACACCUUCAAUGUCAGAGUGUAUAACGGGAAAGGAGAGGGACCUGCCAGUCCCAACCAGCAGUUUCAGACCCCAGAGGGAGUUCCUGGACCACCCUCCUCUCUCACAGUCACAAACUCAGACCUGGACUCCCUCACCCUGGAGUGGAGUCCUCCUCAUGACCGCAACGGACACAUCACCGGCUACACCCUCAAAUACCAGCCAGUCAAUAACUCCAACGAGCUGGGCCCAGUGGAGGAGCUGGCCCUGCUCUCCAAUGAGACCUCAGUCACUUUGCCCAACCUCAAGUACAGCACGCGCUACAAGUUUUAUUUGAAUGCCAAAACAGUCAGGGGAGCGGGCCCGGCCGUCUCUCAGGAGGCCAUCACCAUCAUGGAUGAAGGAAACACCCAAACCUCUCACCCCAUUGUUCAGCCUUCUCCACACCGUCCAAACCACAAGGUGCGACCUGCGAGUCCUUUUGGGAAUGUAAGCUCCUCGGUCGGAGAGGACGGGGCCUUCAUCAGUUGGGAGUACUGGGGCCCGGAAAAGAACGUAUAUGUAGAGUACAUAGUAGAGAACAGUAAGCAUCACCAGAGCAUUUCUGGGGAAUGGAAGAAAGAGCUUGUGAACGGUUCUCAGAACGUUGUGCUGAAGGGCUUAAAGGGGGGCCUCUCCUAUAGAGUGCGUUUGGUGGCCAAAGGUCACCACGACCAGCCGCUCCACCACUCCGAGGAGCUUCUGGUCACGGUACCAGCCGUGGCCAGCAGACAGGUGGACAUCGCCACUCAGGGAUGGUUCAUUGGUCUGAUGUGUGCCAUCGCUCUGCUCAUCCUCAUCCUGCUCAUAAUCUGCUUCAUCCAGAGGAAUAAAGGAGGGAAAUACCCUGUCAAAGAGAAAGAAGAUGCUCACACAGACCCCGAGUUCCAGCCCAUGAAAGAAGAAGACUGCACAUUUGGGGAAUACAGUGACAAUGAGGACCAUAAACCAUUAAAAGGGAGCCGCACGCCCUCUAAUGGCACUGUUAAGAGAGAAGACAGUGACGACAGUUUAGUUGACUACGGGGAAGGAGGAGAUGGACAGUUCAAUGAGGACGGUUCCUUUAUUGGCCAGUAUAGUGGCAAAAGUGGAAGCAGGGACACGGCCGAGGGCCACGAGAGCUCGGAGGCCCCGUCCCCGAUUAAUGCCAUGAACUCCUUGAACUCAUUUGUGUGAUCAGCAUGACGGGGCUGCUCUGACUGCUUGAUGCUCCACCACCUCCAUCAGUGCAUGGCUUUAUGAUCACACAUCCAUCCUGCACACAGAUAUCCACAUUACAUGUAAAAAAAAACCCCAAACAACACAAGCCUUUAUAGAAAGGCUUGGAAACUAUAGCUUAAAAAUAACAAGUAACCAACGAGUCAUACAAAGGUAACUGUGCAUGAAAUACCUGCUAUUAUCUACAUCCAUAUAUCAAUUAACCCAUAGAUAUGAAGGAGUGUUGCAUUUUCACCUACCAGGAAUCUGUUCCAGACUAUGCAGUGCUCAUCUCAUUUACUUUACUUUAACUCAUUUGUUCAGGGGUAAUUUUUUUUCUUAUCUUCAACGUUCACACAGCAGUCAGUGUCUACAGUGUGACUUCUUCAUUAGUAUUCUUAUUUUCCCUCAACGCGAGCUUGUACAGGAAUCUGUUUUGAAAUAAUGUAAUUAGCCGACGGUGCAUUUAGAGUGCACAAGGUAAACCGUGUACAGCGUGUAUAUACUGUAUAUAAAUAUAUAUAUAAAGUCAACUAUGUGUAAAGUAAACAUUGGGAAGCAGUGCACAGGGGGAAACACUGUUGUUGCACUGACACAUUUUCUUAUCUGUCGCCACACUGUUGAAAACUCCUCCUGCACCUACGUACGAAGGAGGAAGCGUGACACUCAGCAUGGCAUGUCAGUGACACUGGACCGACAUGUGACCUUCAAUUUUGGAGCAUGAUGUGAAGGUGAAGUGGAGACUCCAAGGCUGGGGCAGCUUUUCUAAAUCUCUGAUGUUACUCCUCCAGUUGGUAGUGCCUUUAAAAAAAAUGUAUUCAAUUCUGAAGUCCCUUUCCUGAGUCUGUACGAACAGAGAUGGCAGACAGUGCUACAGUAGGUCGGCUGAGGUCACAUGGAAGAAGAGAAGAGGAACCAAUGAAAGGAGGAAUCAUUCAUUCAAUCAUCAACAUACUCUCUCCUUCCAAAGAGUCAUGCGCUGAUCUGGACUCUUCUCAGAAGCUAAAUAAAUCACACUGAAACAUCCUAUCAAUUUGUCACCAAUUCCGUCUGCAGUCUGUACGGUUGUGUUCCUACAGUGUGAAGUGGAGGUGUGGGUAUCACUUGAGUGUAUGUGAACAGUCGCGUAUGCUCAAAUUCCAUUUAGUGAAAGAAAACAAACUUUACUCGUACUAACAGUUGCAGGCGUUCGUGUGGGAUCGGCAUUUAUUUUUUUAACUUGCAUCAAGUUUUAUUUUUUUUCUAUAACUGUAGCAUAUUUGUUGUAUUUGUAAAUACCUUAACAGAUUGUACAGCCACAAGCAGCGUGUGAGAAAGCCUGCAGACACAAUAUUGUGCAUGGUUUAACCUGUUAAUAGAACUGCAUUUAAUGUAGACGUGUACUUUUAGGGGAAAUCUGUAUUUGUUUUUGCUUUGUGCACAGUGUAAACUCUCUUGUAUCCAACUUGACAAACUCGACAAACGUACCUUUUAAACUCCGGGUUUUUGUUUUUUUUCAGACUGCCUUUUUUAGUUUUUGAAUGAAUUACUGAUUUGUGUUGGUUCUACACAGUUACACACUGCAAGUAAGUUGCUCUUUUAUGAUGGUGUUUUUAUAUUUAAGAACCUUUUUUUUUUUUACUAACAGAUGCUUUUUGAGUCUCUAUUUAAGUUCAUCCUUUUAGUGCAAGUAUGAAGUUCAAGUUAUUGGAAAUUCAAGGAAUGAAUAAAUAAUUACCUGCUUCAA